GUCAGAUUUACGAGAUUGAACCAUUUCGCAAGAUCCAAAUAUCCAAUUGAGUCAGAUUUACACCCAAAAAACAGAGGCGUCUCCGGCAGUACUUGAGCCUUGAGCUGUCAGCCCGGCUGGCCGGCUGAUCGAUAUUUCCGGCGGUAGACGGAAGAGUAGUGUGCUGCAGCCACCGUCCAUCAUUUCCUUCCGCAUUUUUCUCACAAGCCUCUCAAUCUGAGAAAAAGAAGAAGAGCGCCACAUAGCUAGUCGAUCCGCAGAGUGUGAGGAUGAUUGGAGUUGGCAAAAUUAAACAGUACACUAAUGUUCUCGAUAAACCCCUCAGCAAGGGAAAACAAGAGGUUAGCUUAAGCGCAUUUGCAUUCUUGUUCUCGGAGCUUGUUCAGUACAAUCAGACUCAAGUUGAUAACAUCUCCGAAUUGGAAAGAAGGUUAGAGGAUGCUGGCUAUGCUGUGGGGGCACGAGUUCUAGAACUUCUUUGCCAUCGAGAAAAGGGAAACAGAAGGGAGACAAGGUUGCUAGGCAUUUUGUCCUUCGUGCAUAGCACAGUAUGGAAAGUUUUGUUCGGAAAGAUUGCUGACUCUCUUGAGAAGGGAACAGAACAUGAAGAUGAAUAUAUGAUCAGUGAAAAGGAGCUUCUUGUGAACAGAUUUAUUUCGAUCCCUAAAGAUAUGGGUGCUUUCAAUUGUGGAGCUUUUGCUGCUGGAAUUGUAAGGGGUGUACUUGACAAUGCUGGUUUCCCAGCUGUAGUAACAGCUCAUUUUGUCCCAGUGGAAGGGCAGCAGCGACCCCGGACUACCAUUUUGAUUAAGUUUUCUGAAGAGGUCCUACGACGAGAGGCGAGGCUAGGUUGAUGCUUGUUUUGCCUCUUUUUGGAACGACACCAAUCGGAGGGUAACAUAGAAAAAUCUGUGAAAUUAAUUUCUUAUAAGAAACCUAGUGUUAUUAAUACGGAGUAUUAUUAAUGUUAUUAUUAUUUCUUAUAACAAAACCUGUAGUUGAACUGGAGAAAGAAAGAUACAUUUACUAGUAAUGCUUGGAUGUAGAUUUUGUGGUGUUGGGGCCAGUGCUUUUGGAGAUAACUUGGUGACUGUUCUUAAUGUUC